UCCCUACAGCUCUCCACUGUUCAGCAUUUCUCCCAUCAGGUUUAUCCUCUCUCCCUAUCUCUCUCCCUCGCACUCUGUUUCUCUCUCUUCCUCUCCUCUUUCGUGGGGGGGAAGAAAGAGGAGAGCUCAUAUCUCUGGCGGUUUGCCGCAUGGAAGUCGCCCAGCCUAGACUGAAUCUUCUCUCUCUGACUCGGACUCCAUUGGCCAUUCCGCGGCAGCAACAGCGAACCCAUCGCCACAUGAGUCGGGACACGCGCCGGGAUGUAACGGCAUCUAUCCGCUGACAGACUGUAAAAAAAAAAAAAAAAAGAAAGAAAAGAAAAGAAGAGAGACAGAGAGAGGGAAGGAGGGAGGAAGAGAGAGAGAGAGAUACAGAGAGAGAAAGAGCCAGAAUCCCGGCAUCAUUCCAGCAGAGGGAAGGAAGUGGAUUGGGGGGCGUUGGGGGAAUGUUUCUCACUCAGAUGUAACAACCACAGAAAGCAGGGAUCGCCAAGUGCGCAAAAGCCGCUUCUUUCUGAGAACAUCAUUACGCACGGCGCUGCGCUCUCUCUCGCCCCCCCUCCCAAUUUAUUUUUUUUUAUUUUCACGUCUUUUCGUUCCCUCCGUUCACUGCACGGACUGACCGGAGGUUGGAUGUACAUGUGUGCGCGCGCGGCGUUGGGGACUUCCAUGGUGUGAAGUCCAGAUUUUUUUUUUUCGUUUUUUCUUUUUCUUUUUCUUCCGUUUUUUUUUUUUUUUUUGCCAAGCGACCCAACUGGAGUCUCGAAACUGAGAAAAUCCGUCGCCCUACUGGAAUAUUAACAACCCAGUCUUAGCAGCGGCCCAGGGGAGUUGCGGGGAGGGAAGAUGUUGCUGCUGCACCACCACCAGCAGCAGCAGCAGCAGCAGAGUUUGGGACUCUAGAGAGCUUCCCCAACUUUUUUUUUUUUUUGCUUUCUCUCCCUUCCUCUGGCUCCGUUUCUAAUCUGUUUUCCUCUGAUCGUCUUCGCCUUUGGGACUUUCUGUUUGAUUUGCAGCUCAACGGAAUUGGUCAUGGACCGCUCCACGUCUUUGGAUAUCGAGGCGCUCAAGUCAAAAAUGGCUUCCCAGAAUGAAACCAGAUGUAGUGAAGGAAGCCAAGGGCACACCAUUGCAGACGGCCAGGAAAAGAAACGAACAAACCAAGCAAAGAACACGAGUGAAGAUUAAGACUUGAGAGCCGGACAAAAUAAAAAUUAAAAGACGGAUGCUGAGUUAACCUUGUUGCUGUUGAGUGAUGACCCAGGAGCAGUACAUCCUCGCGGCCCAGCCGAACCCCCUCCACCAGCGAGGCGCGUCAGAGUGCAGCGGCCAGGUCUACCCAGCGGUCGGCAUCUACGGCUGGAGGAAGAGAUGCUUGUACUUCUUCAUCCUCCUCCUACUUGUCACAAUGAUUGUCAACCUGGCACUCACCAUCUGGAUUCUCAAAGUCAUGAACUUCACUCCGGAUGGCAUGGGGAACCUGCGAGUUACCAAAGAGGGGAUUCGACUGGAGGGGGUGUCCGAAUUUUUGUUGCCCUUAUACGUCAAAGAGAUCCAGUCUCGAAGGGACAGUCCGCUGAUUCUCCAGUCAGACAGAAAUGUGACGGUCAAUGCUAGGAAUGAUCAGGGACAACUGACUGGUCAGCUCACCGUGGGUUCGGAAAUGGUUGAGGCCCAGUGUCAGAGGUUCGAAGUGAAGAGCGCUGAUGGCGAGAGAGUUCUGUUUUCUGCAGACGAGGAAGAGAUCAGCAUCGGGACAGAGAAACUUAAAGUCACAGGGGAUGAAGGAGUGGUUUUCAGCCACUCUGUCGAGACUUCACAUGUCAGGGCAGAGCCAUUUCAGGACCUAAAACUAGAGUCCCCAACUCGGACCUUGACACUAGAAGCUCCCAGGGGGGUAGAGGUCAGCGCUGGAGUGGGAGACUUCACGGCUUCCUGUAGGAAAGACCUCCUCUUGCAGUCCUCAGACGGAGAGAUCUUUCUAGAUGCCAACACAAUCAAGCUGGGCAACAUCCCUCUCGGCAGUGCCGUAGACCCACUGGAAGGGGCCCCUCCAGGCACCACUUACACCAAACAGACUGUGUACGAGCUCUGUGCCUGCGCUAAUGGCAAGCUCUACCUGUCCCCAGCUGAGGAGGGAUCCACCUGCCAAACCACUAGUAACUUUUGUCUCUGGAGUUGAAAAUUAGAGGCUCGUAAAGAGACAGGACAUAUGGACUAGCCAACAAACCGCAGGACGAAGGAAUGUGUGUGUUUGGAUCGAAGCCAUCGACAGCUAAGGGUCGGAAUCAACGACGCAUGGCUGUAGGGUGGCGCAUGUUCGGCAAUCGAGUGACACGGAUUUGCAAAUGGUAGGGAGGUGACGGUUGCUAAGGGACCGGAUCAACAAGAACUGUGGGGCUCGGUAUCAAGGAACGGCCCGCUAAAGGACUGAAUCAACAUGGAAAAGAGCCUGUGUGAGGCCAGUGCCAGCGGCACACAAAUCAAAUUAAUAAGGAUUGGUCUGUGGCCAAUGCGAGUAACAAGGAUGAAUGACUUGGCAAGACACAGAAGAUGGUUUUUAUACUAAGACCACUCAUGGACAUAAAUGGGCAGUCUAAGGCUUGGGCCUUUGUUGGCCGUCUCUUCCUUUUGCAUUUUGCAGCCUGGAGAGACCUUACAAGUCCUGAGGAUUAUUCAUGGGAUUUGCAUUGUUUGUUCACUGUUUGACCAAACUGUCAAGGAGAAGAAAAAAAAAGAAAAAAAACAAGCUUUUGUUUUGUUUUGGUUUUUUUGUUGUUGUUUUUUUGUUGGUUAAAAGGAAAUAAUUGUAAACUGAAAAUACCACCCGGGGGAGGUGGACAUGUGCUCCUGGUUAACAUAUCAGUUGGCUACAGUGACAGACGUGAGUGAACACGUUGGCUCAGCCCAGUGGGUAGCUAAUAAAAUUUAAUCAGACAAUGAGUUUUGUCUUGUGGGAAGCUAACGGCUGCCCAAUGGACCAAUCUAUACCAGAAAGGCCUUCCCCCAAUGCCCGUCCCUUUUAGUCUUUCAACCCAACCUUGUUACGUGAACCUUUUGCAUCAGUGUACAAAUGAUAGUAACAAUGUUCUCCAACCCCACUUUCCCUACUGGAUAACCAAUGCAAAUAAUUGCGCUUUAACCCUUGCAUUCACCAAAAUUUUUUCUCAUGGAUUUUCAACUCUUUAAUGUCUUUUAUCUCCUUUUGUUGUUGUUUUUUCUCCCCCCUGAAUCAUGUCUUUUGCUGGUUAACCUCUUGACAUCCCUUGUGAACUUAUGUUCUCACCCAUCUAUCAAUACAUCUCCUCAGCUUUUUUCUCUGUCCACCUUGGUUUCUAUUUGUCCAACAGCGCUUGACUGCUAAAAAAGGCAGAUAGUGAAAAAUGAGGGGGGAAGCGGUAACAAAGGUAAUCUCUUUACAAGGAAAUCAGUUGUACUAUAAAUCCUUGACCUCAAAGUUUUGGAUCUUUUCCUCUUCUCCCUCUCUUUUUUUUUCCAGCAUAUUUUAAACCCAAAAACGUCAUCUUUUGGGUACAUGAAACAUUUAAUUAACUGAAAAAGAUAGAGAAAUGUGAAUCUUAAGUUAAAUUGAAGUUCUUAUGGGUGCUACAGGGGAAAAAAAGACAAGUUUUUGUAAUUCCAGUAAGAGAUGUCAGUGGCAGAUGACGUUUAGUCGAGUUAAUAAGAAUUAAAUAUUUUCAUCAUAUUUUAGAAACCUUUUGCUGCUAUACUUCUUUUCAAACACUCAUUGUUCAGUGAGCUCAGUUUUAUGAUCUUGCCUUCGUCUGCAGAGUAUCUGCUUUCCAUCUCGUCCAUCAGUAAGGACUCCUCUUGUCUUUUUAUCACAUCUUUUACUUGUCAAUCAUUCAAUGACAUAUCUUCAUAUUGUUUUCUCCAUCCUAUUUCCUAUUACAUGCCCAUUCAUUACGCUUUUUUUUUUUUGACAUUGCUCGCUUUGAUGCCAGGAAAUCUGACCCCUAUUUUUGAACCCGUUUUAAAAACUGCGGCCGUAUCACCGGAGAGGUUGGGAAGCUGAAACACAUUUUCUUCAACACUGAAUGAUUUCCAGCUGACUAAUCUUUCACCCAUCAUCAGUUCAAAAUGAUAAUAAGCAUUCACGUGCGGUAGAAACCUAAGGACAAUAACUGUGGAUGGAGUUUGGUUGUGUCGGUGCGUGUGUGUGUGUGUGUGUGCGUGUGUGUGUGUUGACUCAACUGGAACAAGGCCCUGAGGCAUUCUUUCUUUUUCCUUUCUUUUAACAAAGUUAUACACUGGUGCCUUUGCUACUGUUGGUAAAAGCACAUCACAGUCGGAGGAUUCACACUACCCUCAGCGGACCAUCCGUGUCUCUGAACUAUUAUCAAUCUGCCUACCUAUCUAUUUAAUUUUCUGACUUUUUUCCUUCCCUUUUAUCCUCAUUUUGUAGAACUCUCAGUAUAUCCACCAGACAAAAAAAAAGAAAGAAAAAGAAGAGAAAAACAAUUCAAUAAUAGUUUAAAGUUUGGAUUUUAAUUUCCUGAUGUGUUCCCUUUUGGUUUAUUCUUGAUAGUAAAAAAGCACAACUUAUGCCAUGUAUAUAACAAUACCAAUAAUACAAAAUAAAAUAUUGUUUUUAAAGAGAAUUCCUGGAAGGGGUGUUGUCAUUAAAUCUUUUUAUACGUUAUUCUACAUGUAA